CCUGGAGGCCAUAGACCGUGCGGCCGAGGCGGUGGGCCCCGGGGCCCUGCUGGCGGCCGCCCCCUGGUUCCACGCAGACCACCUGCUGGGGGGAGGCAGGACCGCGGGAGCAGCGGCCGCAGCUGCGCAGCCGCCGGCUGCCAAGGAGUGCGACUGGUGUGCGGAAGAGGCACUCACGGGCGGCCAGAGCGGCGGCGGCUUGGAGUGCGCGUCCUGCGGCUGCGCGCGUUACUGCAGCCAAGCCUGCGCUGCGCGGGCGUCCCCGCUGCACGCGCGCAACUGCUGGCGGCUGCGGCUGCUGUCGGCCAAGGGCGCCGUGCUGCGCGCCAGGUUUGACCCGGAGCGGCCGGAGUUUUAUUACACAGCAGACACUGAUAAUGCUUCCAAAUGCGACGCCAAAUAA